AUUCUCAACUCAGCUCUGUUUCUUUUUCUUCCUCUGUUGCAAUCCAUCUGCAAUUGAAAGAAAGGCAGUGGAUCCAAACAACUCCCAGAUUACAGAAACCCUAAUCCCAUGUUAUCUUCGACGAUUUAAGCUAACCCUUUUAAUCAAAAUCUGAAAUUUUUUUCGGAAUCCGAUUAUGAAUUCAUCAUUAUCUCAACCUUGAAAAAUUUUCAUAAAAUAAAAGGAACCACCUUUUCUUCUCAUUCUGGUCUCUGCAAACCCAAUACAGAAACCCUUCUGGGAGAGGAAGAGAGAGACUGGAGAAACAGAAGGGAAAUGCCGAGCGUAGCUGUGAAGUUGUACAGUGUGUUCUUCAAGUUCCUGUUGAAGCAUCGUUUGCAGAACCAGAUCCAAAAGCCGGCGGACGAGACCGCCAACCCUUUCGGUGUCACAACCAGACCCGAAGAGUCGGUGGCGGCCUCGAACCCUUCUUUCACCGACGGUGUAGCCACCAAGGAUAUCCAUAUCGACUCAUUGACAUCACUGUCUAUCCGGAUCUUCCUACCUGAAUCUGCUCUAUCUCCACCGGAGCUACUGGAGCCGAAAUCUAGAUACAGAUCCUCUCAGUCUGAUGACAACUAUUUGAAUUCGAGGAGAAACAGUUACGGGCCUCAAAAUUUGGGUGUCACGAGAGAAGAGUCCAGAAGAAACAGCUUCGAGGCUUUGAAUUUGAGGUCGGAGAAUGUGUACAGAGGGUACUCACCGUUGAUGCAGAAUUGCAGGAAAUUGCCGAUUAUGUUACAGUUUCAUGGCGGCGGGUGGGUGAGUGGCAGCAAUGAUUCGGUCGCGAAUGAUUUCUUUUGUCGGAGGAUUGCGAAAUUAUGUGAUGUCAUCGUGGUUGCGGUAGGAUAUAGGCUGGCGCCGGAGAAUAAGUACCCGGCUGCAUUCGAUGACGGUUUGAAAGUGUUAAAUUGGCUGGGGAAGCAGGCGAACUUGGCGGAGUGUGGUAAGUCUAUGGGGAUCUCGAGAGCAGGUGGUGCAGAAUCUAAGAAGUCAGAUGGAAAUCGGCAUAUUGUGGAUGCUUUUGGGGCGUCCAUGGUGGAGCCAUGGUUGGCAGCACAUGGGGAUCCUUCAAGGUGUGUUCUACUUGGCGUGAGCUGUGGAUCAAACAUUGCAGACUAUGUGGCUCGGCAAGCUGUAGAGGCAGGAAGGCUUCUGGACCCUGUUAAGGUUGUGGCACAAGUCUUAAUGUACCCAUUUUUCAUAGGAAAUGUUCCUACACAUUCUGAGAUAAGGUUGGCAAACUCCUACUUUUACGACAAAUCCAUGUGCAUGCUUGCCUGGAAACUCUUUCUGCCAGAUGAACAAUUCAGCCUGGAUCACCCAGCUGCCAAUCCUCUUGUCUCAGCCAGGGGGCCUCCUCUAAAGCUCAUGCCACCAACUUUGACAGUGGUAGCAGAACAUGACUGGAUGAGAGAUCGAGCAAUAGCUUACUCGGAGGAGCUACGGAAAGUAAAUGUUGAUGCACCUGUUCUGGAGUACAAAGAUGCAGUUCAUGGAUUUGCAACCCUUGAUAUGCUUCUGAAGACCCCUCAGGCCCAGGCAUGUGCUGAGGACAUUUCCAUAUGGGUCAAGAAAUACAUUUCAAUCCGAGGUCACGAGUUCUCUUAUUAAGCAUGAGAUAUCAAACUCAGAAGGAGAGAAUUCAUGACAGAGGAUCUCCAUUAAACAGUUAGCAACAGAGGAUGCAUGGCUGCAUUUUCCUGUAGAUUUGGGAUGAUAUGUUGCAUUUGUUCUUUAAGCUAGCACAGCAUCUGGCUGUUCCUCAUCAGUUUUCGUGCUUAUCCUUCUCCUGUUUUAUAAUUGUAACAUAGAACUUUUCCCAGAGUAGAUUAGUGAGCCGUGAGAUGAAAUUGCCAACAGUAUGAGUACUGCACGCCACAUUCGGAUGUUGUCAGUACAUUUUUUUCCUGUGUAUCAAAAUGUGCUAUUUCUCAAGAAUAGAGUUUAAUCAUACACACACUCUCUCUCUUUCUCUAGUUUAUUUAGCACCCAAGCAAUGCAAACCAGCAGUCAUGUUACACUCUAGCUUACAUUGAUCUCAACCUAUUUUCUUUGUGAUGCUUAAAUCAGGUAGGCAGGGUUGGAGCUGGGAAGGCUGCAUUCGUUUAAGGGUGUCCAAGGCUUUGAUGAUGGAGUCAGCAUGUGUGAAACCUAAGCAGAUAAUAUCUAAACCCAGAUUCUCCUAUGAGCUGCUCUGAUUGGACAUUGGAUGAAUCAUUAUGGAUAAGAACAUCCUGUUCAUCACAGCGCAUGUUGGCUACCUAAAUUGGACAAGUUUGGUAGGCAGACAAGUUGCAAAACUCCAAAAACAUUGCUUCAGGCUGCGGCAAGUAGUGUGUCAUCUUUCAAAGGAAAGCUUGUAUGUUCUCAGAAUACUUAGCUCACUUUGUU